CGCACAACCAACCGCAUUGUUCUUCCACCGAGCCAGGUCGAUCUUGCCUCUCCUCCUCUCCGCGCUUCUUCUAGACAGCCAUUAAAUGGAUGCCCUUUGGUGGUCAGUUUCCAGCAUGCAUUUAAGGAAAAUGCACUUGUCUAGUGGCAUAUAAGCAAACCAAGUGUUUGUAAAAGAAUAAAAUCGUGGGGAUGGUGAGUAGUAUGCAAAAUGUGAAGGUGAAAGAGGAGAAAUGCAAUAGUAUGGAGAAUGAGAAAGAGAUGAAUAUGAAAGAACAAAGAGGAAGGGUGAACACACAGAAGGCAAAGAAGAAUAAGGAAGAGGAGCAGAGAAAUGAGGAGAAAGGGAGACUGGGGAGCAAGACAGAAAUGAUGAUCGAGAAAGAACAGAGGGACAUGAUGGACAAGGAGAAGGCAAAGAAGGAUAAAGAAGAGGAGCAAAGAAAGAAGGAGGAGAAAGAGAGAGAGGGGUGCCAGCUGAGAGAAACAGAGGAGAAGAAGAAGGAGAAAAAACAAAGAGAAAGGAUGGACAUGGAGAAGGAAACGAAGGAUAAAGAAGAUGAGCAGGAGAAAGAGGUCCAUGAGUAUAGGGAAAGGAAAGACAAGCAAUAUCAUGAAAGGAACGAGGAGGAGGAGACAACCGAAAACACCUUCCACCACUUCUUCAAGGUGGUCAUGCCUGGGGAAUCUACACAACAAUUGAAAAUUCCAAGAGCAUUCAAAAAGUACCUUGAAAAUGAGUCUUCGGGAGUUGUCUCUUUGAGAGAUGCUAGUGGAAAUACAUGGCGUGUAGGGCUAGUUGCAAACUCCAUGGAGCUAAGCUUUGUGCGUGGAUGGGAGCGGUUUUUCUCGGAUCAUCGCAUCCAUGUUGGCGACUUCUUGGUAUUCCGUUACAAUGGACAAUCACAAUUCUCAGUGCUAGUGUUUGGCCGAUCGGGCUGCGAGGUGGAGUGCGCAUUCCUUCCUCAGUCGUACAACGACUGGGUCAUAGAAGAUGAUGAAGGAAGCAUGGGCAUCAAUGUAGAUGGCACUGAUCCACAUGAAGAAGACCCGAGAAACAUGGCUAAAGAAAAAGAUGGAGGGGACAUAGAUAUGAAUGCUGGUGGCACCGAUCUAACGAGAGAAGAUGUAGGAUACACGCUUGCAGAAGGUGAUGAUAAAGUGGACAUGCACACCAAUAGAGAUGUCAAUAAUCCACAAGAAGAAGAUGCAGGCAACAUGGCCGAAGAAAAUGAUGGAAUGGACUUGGACACCAAUGUAGGUGCCACCAAUCUAUUGGAAGAAGAUCCAAGAUAUACGCUUGCAGGACAUGAUAAAGUGGACACGGGCAUCAAUACAUAUGUCACUAAUCCACAAGAACAAGACGCAGGCAACAUGGCCAAAGAAAAUGAUGGAGGGGGAAUGGGCACCAAUGCAGGUGGCACCGAUGUAAUGGAAGAAGAUGUAGGAUAUGCGCUUGCAAAAUAUGAUGAUAAAGUGGACAUGGACACCAGUAUAGAUGUCACUAAUACACAAGAAUUAGACGCAUGCAACGUGGCUGGAGAAAACGUUGGAGAGGACAUGGAUACCAAUGCGCAUCGCACCGAUCUAAUGGACGAUCAAGAUGCAGGAUAUGCGCUUGCAGAAGAUGAUAAAGGGGACAUGGACACCAUUAUAGAUGUCACUAUUCCACAAAAAGAAGACAUUGUAGGUGCGAAAUCAAAAGCUUCAGAAGAGGAAGAAGGCAAUGAUCGGCCCAUGGGUAGAGAUGAUGCACUAGACACAUUGCAAGAAAAGGAUGUAGAUGGCAUAACCAACUAUCCACAUGGCACUCCACAAAAAGAAGAAUAUGCCAACUAUGCACAUGGCAAUCCUCCAAAAGAGGAAGAGGAAGAGGAGGAGGAGGAGAACGAUGACGAUGACGAUGUUGAUGUUCCUAUUGAUGAUGAUGAGGAUGAUGAUGAUGAUGACGACGACGACGACGACGAUGAUUCUGAUACCGAUGGGUUUGGCAUCAGGAACAAUAGGUAUAGAAAAAUUGAUGAUAUCUUCGCAGAGUGUGGCCGUCUUGAAGCAAAGAAGCGCAAGGCUAUGGGGAAAAGGCCUGCAACUCCGCUUUCUUCUUCAUAUAAGGUAGCAUCAUCAAGUAAUGCCAAUGUGAAAGCAGUAGAAACCAAUACGAUGGUAGGAUCAAUUGUUCCUGUGCGCUCAAGGUUUGAUUGGACGCUGUUUAACGAGAGCAACAAUGUACCUCAACUUGGUAAAGUUUUUGCAAAAGUUCAGAGAGUGCCGGAGGUAACAUCGCAGAGACGGGCAGUGAUCGAGGAAGAGGUGGAGUACGCCAUAGAGAAAGCCAGUCAUUUCCUUUCUCAGCGAUCCUUCAGCUUCAAGGCGAUGAAAUACUCCGAAGUAUACACCACCUAUUUCAUGAUAAUCCCAGAGAUACUGGUGAAGAACAGCCUGCCGAAGAAGGACAUGCAGAUGACGCUGUGGGAUCCGCAGGGAAAGACGUGGGAUGUGAGCUACGUUUACCAGAGCAGAGGCGGCGUCUGCUCGGCGGCCUUCGCCACCGGGUGGGGGGCGUUCUCGGUGCACAACAACCUGGAGGAGUGGGACGUGUGCGUGUUCGAGGUGCUGGACUCAUCCAACAUCAAGGUGCACGUCCACAGGGUCGUCUGCGAGAUCACCCCCUACAUACAGCGUCCUCCUCAGCUGGACCUCAACUCACGCUCUUCCUGUUGA